AAUAUUUUGAUUCAGUUACGUUUUAGGUAUCGAAACAGCAGCACAUAGUUUAGGCAACAACUUUUCAAAAUCCCUUGUAGUUUUCACUUCCUAUGGUAAUUAAAGAUGCGUGAAGUAGUGUCUCUACAUGUCGGCCAAGCUGGUGUACAAAUAGGCAAUGCCUGUUGGGAACUCUAUUGUGUCGAACAUGGAAUAAGUCCUGAUGGUUUUUUGACCGCUGAUAAUGCAGCAUGUAACGCCGAAGAUUUUUUUGGAGCAUUCUUCCAAGAAACUGCAUCAGGACGAUACGUUCCCCGCGCUGUUUUAAUCGAUCUGGAACCCAGCGUAAUUGACGAAGUGCGAAAUAACCAAUACAAAGAACUAUUUCGGCCAUCGUCGUUGAUUUCUGGUAAAGAAGAUGCGGCGAAUAAUUACGGUCGAGGCUUCUAUACGAUCGGUAAAGAAAUGGAGCACGUGGUUAUGGAUGCAUUACGUAAACAGGCCGAACUGUGCACCAGUUUCGCUGGGUUUUUCAUUUUCCAUUCGAUGGGAGGUGGAACUGGUUCGGGAUUGACGACGCUACUCAUGCAGAAAUUAGCUUCUGAAUAUGGGAAGAAACAUAAAUUAGAAUUCGUUAUAUAUCCUUGCCCUAGAUUAUCAACUGCGGUAGUCGAGCCUUACAAUGCUGUGCUGAUGUCGCACGGUACCAUGGAGCACAGCGAUUGCGCCUUCUUGGUCGAUAACGAAGCUUUAUACGAUAUCUGUACGCGUCACUUGGACAUGGAACGACCAACGUACGUAAGCCUGAAUCGAAUCUUCGGCCAAGUAAUAUCGGCGCUGACGGCAUCGAUGAGAUUCGACGGCUCCAUCAACGUCGACUUGUCUGAAUUCCAAACCAAUCUGGUACCGUAUCCUAGGAUACAUUUUCCUCUCAUAUCGUACGCUCCGUUCAACUCGCAGAAAAAAGCAGCCCACGAAAAAGUAACCGUUACUCAGCUCACAAGAUCGGCCUUCGAUCGAAGUAACCUUAUGUUACGGUGCGAUCCAGCUCGUGGUAAAUACAUGGCUUGCUGUAUGCUGUACCGAGGCCUGAUCGAAGUCAAAGAAGUCAAUUCUUCGAUCCAGGUGAUCAAAGCCAGCAAAAUACCGUUCGUCGACUGGUGUCCGACUGGCUUCAAGAUCGGCGUUAAUUACCAACCACCGGCUGUGGUACCGGGUAGUGGACUGUCCAAAGUUCACUUGUCACUUUGUGCCAUUUGUAAUUCCACAGCCAUCGCCGAAGUAUGGUCUCGGGUUAAUUAUAAAUUCGAUCUGAUGUUCGCGAAACGAGCGUACGCCCAUUGGUACCUAGGCGAAGGAAUGGAUGAGCAGGAAUUCGUCGACGCUAGAGAGAACUUGGCAGCUUUGGAGAAAGAUUACGAGGAAUGUGCCAAGGAAUCGGAUAAGACGUCCGAAAGUGGUGGCGGCGGUGGUGAAGCCGACGAAGAAACGACUACGACAUCUGGUACCACUACGAGCUCACCUACCGACGCCGAUGCUAUCGAAGAUACCGCUACCGAGGCUCCUACUGGAAUCCCAGAGUAACCAACCAACGAAUUUUUCUUUUUGUCAAAAUUAUGUAACACCGAUGUAAGAUUUUUUGUCAACUCACGCGAUUCGAAAUUUUAUGCGUGGAAGGGAUCUCGGCUUUAUAGUUGCUGUUUGAAUGCCAAUUUGGAAAAAUAAAAUGUUUCGAGACGAUA